GUUUUCUGAAGUUGAGUGCACAUAUUUAUGUAAACAAACCCAAGAGUAUUUUUUGCAUAUAAAUGAGGGUGUGAGUUAGCGGUGAAGAAAUAAACCUGCAGAUAUUUUGUAAAAUGAGCAAAUUAUAUGAACAUACAAUAUUGGAGAAAUUUCGUAGCAAAGUGUUAAUUAUUUAUCGAACAGAAUAUGAGGAACAUUCAUACACUUUUGACGUAGUAUUAAAGGAAGUAACCCGUGUUCUGCAACAAUUUGACUAUUAUAACAUAACUCCUAACACAGGCAUUGCAUUGCGAUUACAAGGUCAUUCACCCCAUAGUAUUGCUCUUAUCCUCAGCAUCCUCAACUACAAUUGUUACUUUAUUCCUUUGCAUUUUACAAAUAUAAGUUACAAUUUCGAAAAUGUUUUAAAUGCACAUGGAGCAAAAUAUGUAAUGAUGGACAUUAAAUGUGAUAAUCAAAAUUGCAAACAAAUUGGGAUUUUGAAUAUUAUGGAUAAUAAGAUAUACUUGUUUCAAAACAUAUCUAUGGAUAGAAAAAUAUAUGGUGAGGUUAAUGAUCUUUGCUAUAGUAUUUCAACAUCAGGGACUACAGGACUUCCGAAAAUCGUACAAGUUCCGUAUUCUUGUGUGGAACCAAAUAUAUUACCUUUAUGUACACGGUUGAAAUUAUCGGAAAAUGAUGUAAUAUACUUGUGUGCGCCACCCACUUUUGAUCCCUUUGUUGUAGAUUUAUUUUUGGCACUAAUUUCAGGAGCGUCUUUAUUAAUAUGUCCAGCUGACUUAAGAUUAAGUCCAAAAAAAAAUAUAAAUAUACUAUGGCCUAAACAUCGGGGCACACAGGAAUUUAAAGGAACAACUAUUUUGCAGGCAACUCCUUCCUUUUUUCGUUUAUUCGGAAAAGAUAUCAUAAAAGAAGUCAUAUUACAUGAAGACAAUUCAUUGCGAUGUUUAAUUUUAGGUGGAGAAGACUUUCCUAGCAGAAAGGAAUGGGAUUAUUGGUUGCCGACGAUACCUUUAAAAAAGCGCAUUUUUAACAUUUACGGUACAACCGAAAUUUCUUGCUGGUGCACAAUACAUGAGUGCGAUUUUAAUGAACAAUGGGAAAGGGCUCCUAUUGGUACCGUCUUAGACGGUCAGACUACUUUACGCAUAACCGAUACAAAUGAAAAGGAAUUAUUUGGAUCAUGCGAGGGAGAGUUAAAAAUUGGUAGUGCAACUCGAUUGUGUUACAUUCCUUCCACGGAUGGUAUGUUACGACCUAAAAAUAAUAAGAUGUUUUUCCGCGACACUGGCGAUUUGGUGUCCCGUGACCAAUAUGGGAGAAUAUUUUAUUUAGGCAGGACCGAUAACAUUAUUAAACGAAUGGGUGUUCAACUAAAUCUCGAAUCUCUACAACAAAGAAUUCAAAACAUCUUAAAUAAUAACUGCAAAAAUGUUAAAUGUCUCUGGCAUGAAAAAUCACAUAAAGUAGUUUGUUUUAUACAAGCCAAUUCAAAUGUUGAUGAAACAGAAUUAAUGCACAUUCGACGCCUUUUAAUAGAAAAUUUGAUGGAAAUAGAACGACCGGACGAUAUAGAAUUUAUUUCGUCAUUCCCUCUAAACGAACAUGGGAAAAUAGAUAGACAUUGUUUAUUGCAAAAAAUUACCAACAAAACAUAUACGAUUUCGGCGAGUUGUGAAGAAAUUUUUCAUCGAUUUAUUACUGAAGUUUUGGGAGUCAAUUUGAUGAAACAGAACGCAAAAACCACUGACGCAUCUAUAGAAAAUAUACAGGAUUUAGACAUGUCGUUUAUAGCGGCAGGUGGUACAUCUUUUCAUGCUAUUACGUUGGUUAGUCGUAUUGGCGCGAUAUUGGAGCAAUGCGAUCAAAAUGAACUAUUAGGAAUGCUAGUAAGCUCUCAGCAUUCAUUAAAAUCGAUUAAAAACUUUCUUAUUUCGUGUCAAUUAUCGAAAGCACAAAAUUUAUCUAAAACUUUGUCAGUAAAUUCAAACAUUUAUGCAAAAAAACGGCUUAAAUUUAUUUGGCGCACUAGUCUGAAUAAAUGUGUUGAUUCAGCACCCUCUAUUAUUGGUAAUAAGUGGGUAUGCGUUGGUUCACACUCACAUAUUUUAACAAUACUUGACAUAAAUCUUGGAAGUCCUAUUGCUGUACUGGAAUUGCCAGACAGAAUCGAAUGCAAAGUGGAGAUUGUUUCAAAUGUUAAUACCUCCUAUUUAGCAGUAGUGGGUUGUUAUGAUCACAAAUUAUACGCGUUUAAUUUCACAAAUGGCCACAUUUACUGGAGUAUCGGCUUAGGUGGAUUGAUUAAAGCUAAACCUUUGACCUGCGCAGCUGGACUGGUUAUAGCGACAUACGGCGAAGAGUUUAAUGUUGUUUGUAUUUCUUUGAAGACAACUAAUUAUAUUUGGCGCAAAAAAAUCGGAACGAAAGGAAUCUAUGCCAACCCUAUCGCAAUUAACUCAUACACAAUGAUUAUUUGUACCCUCGAUGGGAGUUACUGCAAGAUUAUUUCAAAUUCUGGAGAAUUAGUGUGGCUAAGAAAGUGCGAAUCACCGAUAUUUUCGACACCGGUUAUAAUUGGCGAAGACCAUAGAAUUAUUUUAGCAGAAGUUUCUGGAAAUGUACACAUUUGCAACGCAGAAAACGGCGAAUUGAUGAAAACAUUUCGUGCUGGAUCUCUUAUAUUUUCUGCUUUGACUAUUCUAGAGGAUAUUCGAAGUAAGGGAAAAGUCUUGUUCGGUUCCUACGAUAAAUAUGUUUACUGUUUACGGUAUCAAAACUCAGUUGAGAAAGAGCAGCGGAAUGUGUGCAAACUAGAUUUGCUUUGGAAGAAUCAACUUGAAAGCAAUAUAUUUGCAUCGCCUUUAGCAGUUUCUUUACAAGACGACGAGCACGUGUUGUGUUGCUCCACCAGUGGAUUAAUUGCAGUUUUGCAAGUUGAAACUGGUGAGAUGAUUACAAAAUAUAAAUUGAGUGGUGAGAUAUUUUCAACUCCUUGCAAUUUGGACAAUCAAAUUUUUAUAGGUUGUAGGGAUAACUUUUUGUACUCAUUUAGCAUACACUAAUUGAAAAAAUAAAUAUUUAGAUUUAUUAAAAAAAAAAAUAAUUAAUCUGUAGUUUUGAUAUGUACUAUUCUAGUUCCAUUCUAUAAUACUUUUUUCGUUAAUCUUACACUUUUACGUCGUACAGAACAUUUUUUACAAGUCAUUUCAACAAUUUAUUUAGCUAUUAUACACUCAUUAAAUAAAUAUAAAAAAAAUUUGUAUUCGUCAUGAAUGUAUUUAUUUAUAAAUAAAAACCUGACCGAAUAGAUAAGGGUCACACUGAGACGAUCCUUUAAUUUUA